AUGUCGGAAGAAGUACCAAAGAAAGGCAAGGCCGGCGUCGUCGUCAAUGAGGGACCUGAUUUCAGAGUCGAGGUGCAAGAGGUUGAUGUCCCAGAACCGAAGGACGACGAGGUGUUACUACGUCUGAACGUUACUGGCCUUUGUAUGUCCGAUGUGCAUUUCAUGGUCGGAGAUUGGUUAGUCGUCCUCUAG